AUGGGUGCUCUUAUCAACGUUCGCCGGGACAACCCCGACCCCUUCUAUCGCUACAAGAUGGAGCGUAUCCAGACCAAGAUUGAAGGCAAGGGUAACGGUAUCAAGACCGUCGUUGUCAACCUCAGCAGCGUUGCCCAGUCCCUGGCUCGUCCCGGCGGCUAUCUGAUCAAGUACUUUGGUUUCGAGCUUGGUGCUCAAACCAACAUUGAUCCUCCCGAUGACCGCUGGAUCAUCAACGGCUCCCACGAGGCCGCCAAGCUCCAGGACCUUCUCGAUGGCUUCAUUGCCAAGUUCGUCCUCUGCAAGAAGUGCAAGAACCCCGAGACUGUUGUCCAGAUCAAGGACGAGAAGAUCACUCUCGACUGCAAGGCCUGUGGCCAGCGCAGCAAGGUUGAGCCCCAGCUCAAGCUGACCUCCUUCAUCCUCAAGAACGCCUCUCCUGCCAUCGAGGAUAAGAACAUUGAAUAUGCUAGCGACGAUGAUGAGCUCACUCGCAAGAUCAAGUCUGAGGCUCAGAGCUUGCAGUUGGACAAGAGAGAGGCUCCCAAGGAGGAGGAGUGGGCUGUCGACAUGAGCGAGGAGGCCGUCCGUGCCCGUCAGCAGAACCUUCCUGGCGAAUUCAAGCAAAAGCUCGUCCUGAAUGGUGAAGAAGACGAGGAGGAGGAGGGUGGAAACACCGUCUACGACCAGCUCGGCACUUGGAUCGAGGAUGAAGCCAAGGCCAAGGGUGGCAUCAACAAUGUCGACGAUGUCGAGAUCUACCUCAAGGCCAAGGAGCUCGGCAUUGACGCCAAGCACCGCACCGUCCAGGUUCUUGUUCAGUGUCUUUUUGACGAGAACAUUGUUGCUCAGAUCCCCAAGCGUGCUCCUAUGCUCAAGAGACUCGUUACCUCCGAGCGUCACGAGAAGGCCCUCCUUGGCGGUACCGAGCGUCUCCUUGCCGACCUCGGCAAGGAGUCUUAUGACAAGAUUGUCAAGAUUCUCCAGCUCUACUACCACCACGACCUCUGCUCCGAGGAGGUCAUCACCAAGUGGGGUAGCAAGGCUUCCAAGAAGUACGUCGAUGGCUCUACUUCCAAGAAGAUCCGCAAGGCUGCUGAGCCCUUCCUGACCUGGCUCGCCGAGGCCGAGUCUGAGGAGGAGGAAUCUGAGGAGGAGGACGAUGAGUAA